GAUGCGCACACUGAGGACACCGCAGCACAGAAAUGCGCACAGCUCCGAGCCAGACCCGGCGAUAGCUUCACCCCCCGACACCCCUGACCCAUCUCCCAACACAAUGGGUUAGAGGGAAUAUGGCAAACUUUGACACACUUUGCAUGACAUGGGAAAUGCCCUGCGUUGUCUGGAGAGCCGGGCUGCCGAGCGGCUGAAUUGAGAGCACAACAAACACAGAGACUUGACAGAGCAGAGCGACAGGGGGGGGACCUGAUUCCAGUCAUUUCUAUCCCGGGUUCCUCUCCCCACUUUGGUUUUGAGAGAUGAUCACGGAGCUGGUGUGCACCGCCGUGGCUGUGGGUCUCUAUCUGAACACGCUGGACGCAGAUUUCUGCUACGAUGACAGCCGAGCCAUCAAGACCAACCAGGACCUUCUUCCUGAGACUCCGUGGACCAACAUCCUGUAUGACGACUUCUGGGGCACCCUGCUCACUCACAGCGGCAGCCACAAGUCCUUUCGUCCUCUCUGCACCCUCUCCUUCCGCCUCAACUACGCGCUGCACGGCCUGCGUCCCUGGGGCUACCACCUGCUGAACCUGGUGCUGCACGCUCUGGUCACCGCCCUCUUUACGGCCUUCAGUCGCCCGCUUCUCGGUGGAGGACUGUGGAGCCUGCUGGCUGGCCUUCUUUUUGCUUCUCAUGCGGUUCACACUGAAGCAGUCGCUGGCGUGGUUGGGAGGGCGGAUGUUGGUGCAGCAUUGUUUUUUUUGCUGUCUCUUCUCUGCUAUAUGAGACACUGUGCACUUCGUGGGAACCCAUGUGGGACUUUUCAGAGCAGCUCGGUCACCAGGUGCUGGGGCUGGAUGCUGGGCAGCCUGUGGUGUGCUGCAGCCAGCAUGCUGUGGAAGGAGCAAGGGGUGACGGUGCUGGCCGUGUCGGCUGUGUAUGACCUGUUCGUGUUCCAGAGACUCCGGUUUCGCCAGGCACUUCUCCUCCUGCUGGGAAAGAAAAAGAACAUCAGUGUUUUGCUGAGUCUUAGUGCGCUGGCUUCCUGGGGAGUGAUUCUGCUGUCAGCUCGCCUCUACUGGAUGGGCAAUAAGCCUCCCAACUUCUCCAACUCUGACAACCCUGCAGCUGACUCACCACAUUUUCUCACUCGAACGCUAACGUUCCUCCACCUGCCCGCCGCCAAUGCCUGGCUCCUGCUCUGCCCCGACAAGCUCAGUUUUGAUUGGUCCAUGGACGCUGUGCCCUUGGUCAGGUCCUUAGCUGACUGGAGGAACCUUCACACUGUUGCCUUUUAUGGUGGAUUUAUCCUCCUGGCUUUGUUUGGCCUUCGUAGCCCCACCUACAAAGCCAAAGAGACUAAUGGGAAGGCCUAUGUCACUAAUGGGAAAUCAAUCACUAACGGGAAUGGUUACCAUGCCCUUGACACAAACCAUAACACAGACCAGGGACUGCCAAAGUCCACCUUGAAUGGGUCAGGUGGACCCCACCACUGCCCUCCACGGACCUCCCUGCCCCCUACAGAAAACCUAGUAAUAUUUUCAUUAGGCAUCAUGUCAUUGCCUUUCAUCCCAGCCACAAACCUAUUCUUUUAUGUAGGUUUUGUAAUUGCAGAGAGGGUACUAUACAUCCCCAGUAUAGGCUUUUGUUUACUGGUUGCUACUGGUGCAAGAACCUUGUAUGUCAGACUGAGGACUAGAGGCUGCAAGGCCUUACUGUUGUGUCUCUGUACGGGACUAGUGCUGCUGAAUGGACUCAGAACUGUUCAAAGAAACAGGGACUGGAGCAAUGAGGAGAAUCUCUACAAGUCUGGGAUUGGUGUGAAUCCUGCUAAAGCCUGGGGAAACUUGGGAAACGUACUGAAGAACCAGGGCAAGAUGGCGGAGGCGGAGAAGGCGUACAGAAAUGCUCUGCACCACCGAGGGAACAUGGCUGACAUGCUGUAUAACCUUGGCUUGCUGCUCCAGGAGAAUGAGCGUUUUUCCGAAGCACUGCAUUAUUACAAACUGGCCAUUGGGAGUCGGCCAACACUGGCAUCGGCCUACUUGAACACAGGAAUCAUCCUGAUGAACCAGGGCAACCUGGAGGAGGCCAAACGCACCUUUUUGACCUGUGCAGACAUUCCAGAUGAGAACUUGAAGGACCCCCACGCCCACAAGAGUUCUGUCACCAGCUGCCUGUACAACCUGGGAAAACUUCUCCAUGAACAGGGCCAGCAGGAGGAGGCCCUGUCUAUUUAUAAGGAAGCGGUACAAAAAAUGCCCAGACAGUUUGCACCACACAGCCUUUUCAACAUGAUGGGAGAGGCCUACAUGAGGCUGAAUAGGCUGGAGGAAGCAGGCCACUGGUACAGAGAGUCCCUCAGGACCAAGCCUGACCACGUCCCUGCACACCUCACUUAUGGCAAACUCCUGUCUAUCAUUGGGCAGAAGACCGAAGCAGAGAAGUACUAUCUGAGAGCGAUUCAACUAGACCCGACAAAAGGAAACUGCUACAUGCACUAUGGUCAGUUUCUGCUGGAGCAGUCUCGUCUUGGCGAGGCGGCGGAGAUGGCGGAGAGAGCUGCGGAGCUGGACAGCUCAGAGUUUGAUGUGGUCUUCAGUGCUGCUCACAUGCUCAGACAGGCCAGUCUAAACGAGGCAGCCGAGAGGCAGUAUAAGCGCGCAGCCAGCCUCAGACCAGAUUACCCGGCUGCUCUGAUGAACCUCGGCGCCAUCCUCCACCUGAAUGGCAAACUUCCUGAAGCGGAGGCAAACUACCUGCGUGCACUACAGCUCAAACCUGACGAUGUCAUCACCCAGUCCAACCUGCGCAAGCUGUGGAACAUCAUGGAGCGGCAAGGACUCAGGAUUAGGCACGGGCUUGGGAUGCAGAAGAGCAACCUUUGAACUGAGAGAGCUGCUGCACUCUUUCUUUAACGAUGAGUCCUCAUGAGAAUGAAGCUCCACAGGAUAUAAAAGAGCUUGAGGCUGAGAGCUCUUCUCGACGAGACAGGAAAGACAAUUUCUUUAGAGUUGUGUGGGGAAGACAGUUUGAGGCUUGGCAUGUUUGGGAUUCAAGGGUGUAAGAACUCUGCCUUCAACUGAAUUCUUCUGAAUUCCUUGCUGUAUGGUGGCUCAGAUGACUAACGUCACCUUUUUAUUAUUGCGUUUUAUAAAAUGAUACUCAGUCGCUAAAUGAUGCGCUGAAGGCAAAUAACUGCAACGUCCAAAAGAAGAUUGAGAACAAAGGUCUCAAAGGUCAGCUGAUCAUUAUUUCCCUAUCAUUAAAAACGUGGGUAUGUUUUAAAGCACUUAAUUUGAAUGAAGAUGUAUUUAAAUAAUAAUUUCUGCAAAAUGCGUUUUGAAGUUGUCAGCACUAUAUUGUCCUUAAUGAUGCCGGCUGGUUUGUAUUAAAGGGGAACGCCACCGAUUUGACUCAUUAAGUCUGUUUACAGGUCUUGAGGAGUACUUAAUGUGUUAUGUGAAAAAAGUUGUACAGAGCCUUUCACCUCUCCAUAGGGAGUCUGAUAAAUUGCCUCAAGUGAUGUCACUUGAGUCUGAAGAGGGCUGAAGACUACACGUUUGAAAUUGAUGAAAAUCUUGGGGUGUGGCGUUAGAAAGAAGUUACCAGACCUCUGAUGCCCGCUCCUCAUCUCCGCCGCAAGCUAGCGGCUUGAAGCUACAUUAGCCGCAUUACUGGCACAACACACCCGGAUCUCUGUCCGAACUGCAGGUGGUCGAGUUGCAUUGUGGGUCACGAAGGUCCCAUGAUUUGACAGGGAAGCAGAACGUGUGGAAUAAAACAAGAUGACAUCUCCGUCUGAUCUGAUUUUCUUUUAAACACCACGAGUUACUAAAUCAGUGGAACACUCUUAAAAAAUUAAAACCCUGAUUAAUUACCCUCAGGGUGCUCUCACCUUCAACUUGUACUCUUAACUUAAUAUUAAAAGCAUGACAGUGCUAAGACAUCUUCAGGUACCACCAUCUAAUACAGUUGUAUAGUAAACUGCUCAAACCAAUUAAAAGAACAAGCAUAAUACAUAGCCAAUCACAUCCUGUCCGAGUCACUGAAGAUUGUUUGCAGCUGGUGCAUUUUAAACACUUGUGACUGUAAGAAUGAAAACAGAUCAUGAGAAAACUCCUCAGCGGUGCCAAAGCUUGUACUGAGUCUUUACGCCUCUCGUGCCAAGCAAGAACUGUUCUCACGUACGUGUUGUGUUCUUUGUGUCAAAUGAAGGCGUUUCAUUUCAUGUGAUCAAACGAUCGAACUUAAUUUAUUAAUACAUGU